AAAUUGAAUAGUGAAUUAGUGAAUACUUGGUGAAUGAAUGAGUAACGAGUAACGACGAUAUUGUAGUAUAAAGUUACAUGAAUAUAAGUAUAGUAAAAAUUUAUUUUAUAUUAAACAAGCUUAUAUCUACUUAUAUAUACUUUGAUUGUCACGAACAUGUCCCAACUGGACGCGAACAAAAACAGACAGAAAAUAUUGGACACAUGGAAAGAUGUGGUAGAUGACAAGACACCAACUAACUGGGCCUUGUACGGCUAUGAGGGUCCAACAAACGUACUUAAGUUUAUCAGUCAAGGAGAAGGGGGAAUCGAAGAAAUGAAAGAAGACUUAAAUAGCUCUAAAAUAAUGUAUGCUUUCUGUCGAGUUUUAGACCCAAAGACUAGCCUUUAUAAAUGUGUUUUAAUAAAUUGGCAAGGAGAAGGAGCGCCUAUCGUUAGAAAGGGAACUUGUGCUAAUCACAUUCGAGAUGUAUCUAACAUUUUAAAAGGGGCUCAUGUAACUAUAAAUGCACGUAAUGAUGAUGAGGUAGAUACAGAUAUAAUACUAUCCAAAGUUUCCAAGUCAUCAGGGUCAGUAUACUCAUUUAAAGAAAGACUUGAUCAAUCACAGCCACAAGAAAAAAUUGGUACUACUUAUAAAAGAAUUCAACCUAAUUUAGAGAUAAAUUCUACAGAAAGGGAUAAGUUUUGGGCAGCUGAAGAAGAAAAAGAGAAAUUAAGACAAGAAGAAGAACGAAAGAAAAAAGAACAAGAGCAGAAAAAAAUAGAGGAUGAAAGGCUGUUACGAGAAGACGCUGAUAGACUAAGAAGAGAUUCAAUAACAGUUGAAGAAAUUCAAAAAACCGAACCAAAACCUUCUGUUGCUACAACAGAACCAGAAAUACCAAAAGAUGUUAAAAUUGAAUUAGCAAAACCAGGAUUAGUCACUGAAGAAAUUGAAAAUCAAAAUGAACUAAUUAAUGUUGAAGAUGAUUUAGGAAUUAAAGCUGAAGCCUUAUAUGAUUACCAAGCAGCUGAUGAUACAGAAAUUUCAUUUGAUCCUGGUGAUAUAAUUUGUCAUAUUGAUAAAAUCGAUCAAGGUUGGUGGCAGGGAUUGAGCCCUGAUGGUACAUUUGGUCUAUUUCCAGCCAAUUAUGUUCAACUUCUUCCUUAAGAUUGAAUUCUCUCAUUUAUACCAUAAUAAUUACUAAUUAGUAUUUAUAUCUACAAUUUUAUUAUUAAUUUAUCUCAAUAGGUAAUCGGUUGUGAAAACAUGUUUAAGUCAUGUUUAAGUUUUAAAUAUUUAAAACCAAUGUUUUGGUAAUAAUUACAAUUAUUGUUAAUCUAGUAAAAUAUUUAUUUAUUUAAUGUUUCUAUUAAAUUUUAAUAACUAUUUUUAUUUUCAUUUGCCAUAAACAACCUCAUUUAAUAAAUAAAUAAAAAAAAUAAGUAUUUUUAUUUUACAGUAAAUAAAAUAAUGAAUAUUAGAUAGUAUAUCUACAUGUAUAACUUUAAUCAUAGUUAUUAGUUAACAACAAUUGAUUUUAGAAAAUUGCUGAUUAAGUAUUUGUAAUAAAAGAAUAUUUUACUAACAUGAAUCAUUGAUCAAGACUCCAAAAAUGAAAUAAUAUUAAAUAUACACAUUUGUUUUGGUGAAUAUCAUUUUUUUAUCAAUUUAUAAAUAAUUGUUAGAUUUUAAACAAUUUUAACUCAUAAGUCAUAAUCAAUGUUUGUAUUUCUUGCUAAUUAUUCUAUUUACGUGUUAACUGUUAAAUAUACUAUUAUUACCAUUUUAUAUGAAUAUGUCUAGUUGUAUCUGUGUCGUUUAUAUACAUUGUAUGUCACUAUGAGUGGUUGUCAGAUCAAUGUCGUAUUCGCAGGGAAAGGAGAAUUAAGUUGAUAUAUCUCCUCCUUAAGUCUUAUUUUUUUUGUAAUUUUUAAAUUUUAUUAUUAGCAAACAAUAUCUAGUAUACAUAUUAUAUACAUUAUACUCAUUAUAUUAUGCAUAUAACAUGUAUAAGAAGAAAGAAUUGUUAUUAGGGCUGUAUGAAAAUUUAAAGUUUAUGUACAUUUUAGAGAUAUCUAUAUACAUCUAUUAUAAACCAAACAAAAAAAGCA